GAGGUCAGGGGGAAAGGGGGCGGGGUCUGGCUACCCAGAAGCCCGCGCGCCGGCUCCGCCUCCUUCUUCUCGCUCAGCGACGCCAAGAUGGGAGUGGACAUCCGGCACAACAAGGACCGCAAAGUGCGGAGGAAGGAGCCCAAGAGCCAAGACAUCUACUUGCGGCUGCUGGUCAAGUUGUACCGAUUCCUGGCCCGACGAUCGAAUGCUCCCUUCAACAAGGUUGUCCUGAGGCGUCUCUUCAUGAGUCGCACCAAUCGCCCUCCACUGUCCCUAGCCCGCCUGAUCCGCAAGAUGAAGAUGCCCGGUCGCGAGGGCAAGACAGCGGUGGUCGUGGGUUCCAUCACGGACGACGUCCGCAUCUGGGACAUCCCCAAGCUCAAGGUGUGUGCCCUCCGAGUGACCGAUGUGGCUCGUCACCGGAUCCUGAAGGCUGGUGGCCAGAUCAUGACCUUCGACCAGCUGGCCCUGGCUGCCCCCAAGGGUCAAGGGACAGUGCUGCUCUCAGGUCCUCGUAAGGGCCGGGAAGUUUACAGACAUUUUGGACCUGCACCUGGAACUCCACACAGCCACACCAAGCCCUAUAUCCGUUCGAGGGGCAGGAAGUUCGAGCGAGCCAGGGGUCGAAGGGCCAGUCGAGGAUACAAGAAUUGAGCACGUUUUCUAUGUUCUAUUUUCUGUAUCAAUAAAUUCAAACCGAAA